CCCCCUGCCCGCGCCGCCGCCGCUGUCGCUGCUGCCGCCGAGGGGCCCGCGGGGCUGCGGGGGGCGCCUCCCGGGCGCGGCGCGGACGCCAGGCGAGGGGGCCGCGGGCAAGCUGAAGCCCAGGGGGGCCGGGCCGCCCCCGCUGCGCCCGCCCUCCCUCCCGGGAUGCGGCGCUGAGGCCCAGCAUGGCCGGCCCGGGCCCCACCUUCCCGCUGCACCGGCUGGUCUGGGCGAACCGGCACCGCGAACUCGAGGCCGCGCUGCACAGCCGCCAGCACGACAUUGAGCAGGAGGACCCCCGGGGCCGCACACCCCUGGAGCUGGCCGUGUCCCUGGGGAACCUGGAGUCAGUGCGGGUCCUGCUUCGACACAAUGCCAACGUGGGCAAGGAGAGCUGCCAGGGCUGGGCAGUCCUUCAGGAGGCGGUCAGCACGGGGGACCCCGAGAUGGUGCAGCUGGUGCUCCAGUACCGGGACUACCAGAGGGCCACGCAGCGGCUGGCCGGCAUCCCCGAGCUGCUUAACAAGCUCCGCCAGGCCCCCGAUUUCUACGUGGAGAUGAAGUGGGAAUUCACCAGCUGGGUGCCCCUGGUGUCCAAGAUGUGCCCCAGCGACGUGUACCGGGUGUGGAAGCGCGGCGAGAGCCUGCGCGUGGACACCAGCCUGCUGGGUUUCGAGCACAUGACGUGGCAGCGUGGCCGCAGGAGCUUCAUCUUCAAGGGCCAGGAGGAGGGUGCCCUGGUGAUGGAGGUGGACCACGACCGCCAGGUGGUGCACACGGAGACGCUGGCACUGGCGCUGCACGAGCCCGAGGCCCUGCUGGCCGCCAUGAGGCCCAGUGAGGAGCACGUGGCCAGCCGCCUGACCUCGCCCAUCGUCUCCACCCACCUGGACACCCGCCACGUGGCCUUCGAGAGGAACAAGUGUGGUAUCUGGGGCUGGCGGUCGGAGAAGAUGGAAACCGUUAGCGGCUACGAGGCCAAGGUCUAUAGCGCCACCAACGUGGAGCUGGUGACACGCACGCGCACGGAGCACCUCUCUGACCAGGACAAGUCGAGGAGCAAAGGGGGCAAGACUCCGUUCCAGUCCUUCCUCGGCAUCGCCCAGCAGCACUCCUCCCACAAUGGGGCUUCUGUGCAGCAGGCGGCCAGCCCCACCAACCCCACGGCCAUUUCCCCGGACGAGUACUUCGACCCCAACUUCAGCCUGGAGUCACGCAAUAUUGGCCGCCCCAUCGAGAUGUCCCGAAAAGUGCAGAGGUUCAAGGCCACGCUGUGGCUGAGUGAGGAGCACCCGCUCUCCCUGGGGGACCAGGUGACGCCCAUCAUCGACCUCAUGGCCAUCAGCAACGCUCACUUCGCCAAGCUGCGCGACUUCAUCACGCUGCGCCUCCCACCCGGCUUCCCAGUCAAGAUCGAGAUCCCCCUCUUCCACGUGCUCAACGCACGCAUCACCUUCAGCAACCUGUGCGGCUGCGACGAGCCGCUGAGCUCCGUGUGCACGCCGGCCGGUUCCGCGCCCACAGGUACCCGGGGAGGGGGGCGGCCGGGCCACCCGCAGGGCCCCCCCCCCGCUGAGGCCUGGGCCCCUCUGCCAGGCGCGGGGAGCCUGUUCCCCUGCGAGGUGGACCCCGCCGUGUUCGAGGUGCCCGAGGGCUACAGCGUGCUGGGCGCGGGGCGCAGCGAGCCGCCGCGGGACGAGGACGACGACCUGCUGCAGUUCGCCAUCCAGCAGAGCCUGCUCGAGGCGGGCACCGAGGCCGAGCAGGUGACCGUCUGGGAGGCGCUGACCAACACCCGGCCUGGCACCCACCCCGCACCGCGGCCCGCGGCGUACGAGGAGCAGCUGCAGCUGGAGCGGGCCCUCCAGGAAAGCCUGCGAAUGUCCACAGAGCCCAGGGCCCCGGGGUCCCCACAGAGGACGCCCCCGGCCCCGGCCCCCCCAAGCUUCGAGGAGCAGCUUCGCCUGGCCCUGGAGUUGUCUUCUCGGGAGCAGGAGGAGCGGGAGCGGCGGGGGCAGCAGGAGGAGGAGGACUUACAGCGAAUCCUGCGGCUAUCACUCACCGAGCACUGAGCACUGAGCAGCGGCCCUGGGGAAGGCCGCCCAGUAGCCCCACCUGCCUUUGUAACUUAUUUAUUUAUAAACUGCGGCGGAGGUUGGGGCCUGGAGCCCAGGACGGGCUUGCGGUGGAGACGCAGAUGGAAAUAAAGAGACCUUCAGCAGCA